AUGAACGUUCUGAGUCCUGUGGAUUCUGGAGACUCGGUGGACGUCGAGUGUUCGGUCCAGAUGGAUGCUCAGUGUUUUGAGGAGCACAUGGUUUGGUGGUUUGGAUCUGGACCGGACUAUGGUUUGGUCUGGACUGAGAAGAACAGCUCUGCUCAGUGUGACAGCAGUCCUGCUCCUCAAACAUGUUUCUACACUUUCUCUAAAACCCUGAAAGCCUCUGACUCCGGCUCCCUCCACUGUGCUGUGGCCGCAUGCGGACGUGUUCUCUUCGGAAACGCAACCAAAGACAUUGUCAAAGAAGAGAAAUCAAGUGUCCUUAUCACUCUGGCCGUCAUUGUCGCUCUGGCCGUCAGUGUCAUGUGUAUAAUAGUCCUCAUUUAUUUUUUCGUCAAGAGUGGUAAUGUUGAACAUAUUGGUGACGGAAGAGUCGGUGAUGGACAAACAAUGUCGUUGGUGAUUUACUCUGCCCAAAAAGUGCAACAAGAGCAGAGCUGA